CCUUUGCUUUCUUCACCCGCGUUACCUUGGAACCUGCUGUAAAUAUUCUGGGGUGCCUUGGUGACGCGGUGACGCCUUUAAGGGAGUCCCGGUAACCGUCCGGCUCCGUCAGUGGGGGGAGGAAGAAGAGCCCCCGGAGUCAGACCCUGUAAAACGACUGGUGGCUCCUUUAAAGCCAGGCGGCUUUAUUGGGUUGCCAGUGAGGCUGGCACAUAGAAUGGGUCAGUUGCCUCCCCGACCCAGCUCUCUUAAUGCAUUUUUUAACUCGCCGGGUAAUCCUGGGACAAUCAUUCUCUGCCCGCCGAACCUACCCAGGAGGGUUGUUGUGGAGUAAAACUGGAAGAAAGGAUAUCGGCUGAUGUUCCCUUGGAGGAAAAGUGGAUUAGAAAGAUAACACCACGAUUUUAAUACAACUUGAGUUUGCGUAGAAAUGUCACAAACGGAAUUUCUUACAUGUCAAAGGUAAUGAAUUGACAAGAAGCCAGUGGUGACUGUGUAAUGAGCCUUCAUCUGGAAAAUGACUAUUUGAGGAAAAGUUUCUUGUAAUGGAGGAAGGAGGAAGGAGUCUGGAUUCUGGGCAUAGCAGAAAAUCAGACAGCGAUAAAAGCAGUAAUUCAUAUUACUCAGAUGAUGAUUCAUCGCAUGCUUCUGAUCAGUCUCCAACCAUCAGCACGCAGUCUAUACAAACUGUAAAUAGAAGCAGUAAAACACAGAACUUGAAAAGCCAUUCAGAUUAUCAUGCCACAAAGCCGUUUUACUCUAAAUACGCACCCAGCAAGAGAACCCGCUGGGGUUUUUACUCCCAGAGCCUCACCAGGGAGUCUCCUGCCAAAGAUAUCAGCCUUGUUACAAAGAGAGUGCUUUCUGCUAGGCUGCUGAAAAUUAACGAGCUUCGUAAUGAACUGACUGGGCUGCAUGUCAAACUUGAUGAGUUGCAGAAAGAAAAUAGGGUACUAAAGCAGCUUCAGUACAGACAUGAGAAAGCCCUUCAUAAGUUUGAAGACACAGAAAAUGAAAUCUCUCAACUUCUGGCGCGGCAUAAUGAUGAGAUGAGAAUACUAAAGGAGCGCUUAAGAAAAACACAAGAAAGGGAACAAACAACUGAGAAGAAACUCAAGGCUUCAGAGGAAGAGCUAUUCAGAGCUAAAAGUGCUUUGCAAAAACUGAAAAAACUUGCAGAAGAUAAGAAUCUCCCGGAACGGGAUGAGCUGGCAAAGAAGCUGGCAAUUGCAGUAACUAGACUGGAAGACAGUGAGAAGAAAAUUAAGGAAUUUGAGAAGAAGCUUGAUCUUACCAAUAACAGUUUCCAAAGACAACUGCACUCUAUGAAAAAGAAAUUUUACGAAGCCCAAGAAGAAAAUAAGAUUAUCCAAGAGGAAGUCCAACGAUUGAAACAAAAAUUAAAGGAACAGUCAGUUAAAGAUUCGAAAGAACAAAGAGAAGAUUUCAAGCAGGAACAGAACCAAGAAAAAGAAAGAGAAGAGAAACUAAAAAAUGAACAAGAACUCCAAGCACUGGAAGAAAGAGCCAAGAAACUAAGAGAAGAAUGGGAGCAAGAAGAAUCAGGCAGAAAGAAGAAAGAAAACAGUCGUUUGCUUGAAAAUGAAAAAGUGAAGAUAGAGACAGAAGUAUAUGUUUCAGAAGAAGGAACACAGAAUCAUGACAGAACAGAGGAGGAAAGACGGAAAGAAAUUCUGCUGGCCAAGAUGCAUGAAAUCGACAAGGAAACACAAAACAAUAUAAAUACGGCUUCCCAAGAACUUACCGCCGAUGCCAUCACUGUACCUUAUACAUUGGGAAAAAAUAAGAGACUGCACCACUUGACAGAGACAAUAGAGAAAGUGACUAAUGGUUUGCCAGAACCAGAUCGCAGAACCAGUACAGUUGUCAAAGAAGACAUCCAGAAACCGCAGCCUACAGACAUCACAUGUACAAGCAACGAUGUGAUAUUUGGUAGUUAUGUACCUUCCUUUGGGAAAGGGUCAGGAAGGCCAAGCUGGCUUAAUCAAAAAAUUGACUUCUUAGAUGAACUCACUAAGGAAAACGUAGGUCUUGAUACUAAGAAAGAGAGAAAGUCUAAUUUAAUGGAGCAGCUGUUUGGUAGCAAUGUCAAUACAAUCACUCCACCUAAGAGAAAUGAUUUUCAACAAGACGCUAAUACAAACAAUGGUUUUCAGGCUAAAGGAAACAUGGUCAACAUUAAAAAUGACACUGAUCUGUUCUUUAGUGAAGGAAAGAACUUUAUAUCCCAAAGACAACGACUGCAACACACAGCAAAUAGACCAGCAGUUAAGGCACUUGAUUCUUUAGAAGAUGACAUUGAGGAAGUAUUAUUGCAGUGAUUUUAUUCUGUAAAAUAUGUAAAUAGUUAUAUUUAGUAUGUUUACAGUUUAUAAAUUCAAAGUGAUUGAAGUUAAGUUAUAUAGCUUUGAGAAUGAUCAAGAAUGCAACUUUUUUUUAUUUAAUGCCCUAAGCAAAAAUGAUGACAAUUAACAGAUAAAAUAAGAUGUACUCAAUAAUUAUUUUCCUAUUUGAAUUAUAUUAAUAGAAUCACUUGGCCCUCUUCUUGGAAGGAAGUAGUGUUCUCUACAUAUUUGUCAUCAGUCACUUCAAAUUGACAUUUCCCUAGCACAUCCAAAUAGAUGAGGGUGUUUUUUAAAAAAAAUUGAAUCCUUUCUUAUUUAAGGCCUCUUUUCACUACCAUUUUUUAAAGUAUCUUUUGUAGAGUGUGCUUCCUUUAUGAAGAAUUUUAUGAAUUCUUUAUGAAGAAAUUAUUGAAAUUGAGUUUGCAGGCAAAACAAUUACUGCAGAAACAGUUGGAUUGUCCCUGUAACCUUAGUUUAUGUUCUAGUUUUGCAUAAUACACCUAAAUGUUUGCUUUAAAUGUAAUAGAAGUUUAUCAGCCUCUGUCAUAGAAUAAAAUUGACUAUUUAAGGAUUGGUGGCAAUAUAGAGAAUGUUGUAAUUUGUUAUAUCUUCUGUUGGAAAGCUUAUGAUAAAAAUAUUUAAUUGGGAAA